CGUCCAACGGCGAAGACGAAUCAGCAAGCGUUCGGUCGUCGGUCGCCACCGCGCACUGACCAACACGGGGAGCAGAUUUUCAUCGCGUUCGAACUCUGCUGUCGACAGAGCCGUCAUCGACGUCGCGCCGCGCCGGUUGUUGUGAUUCGCUCCUACCGCAGAAUAAUUACAAAAUCGCAUUGUGAAACAGAUCGGUCUCAAUGUGAAGAUUGCAGUAAUCGUUGUCAUCUGCGUCAACACUCGAUGGUGACCUAAAAGCAAUAACACUAGUUUGCAGAAUGCGGUGGAAAUCGUGAAUAUUCCUAUAACCGAUGUUCAGUGCAUUCAAAAAAUCCGUGAACUAGUGUGCUUUAGUGAUUGAAUUGGAUCCCAAUGGAUUGUGCGGGCAGCUGACUUGUCGCGAUAAUUCAAAAGUGAAAUAAAUAACAACAGCACAAAUCGCUUCGAGAAGCAGCCGACACGACCGGCGGCGGCGGCAGCGUUGCUUAUCUUAGUGGCUUAGCGCCUUCGCCUGUGUGUUUUGAAUAGCGCGUGCUUUCGUCCCGCGUUCUCAACGCCAACCGGCCCGCCAACGACGCUUCCGACCACCUUCCGACCUUCAGUGGAAGAGGGUGUGAAUUGGAGAUACCGUGAACUUGGGUCAGUCGGGAAGAUUAGGAAGAGCACUAAAACAAAAGUUGAGCACAGGUGACAGAAAACGAUGGAAACUUGCUGUGGCUAACAGGUGGGAGGCUUGUCAAUCAUUUCGAUUUUGUGUGCGCGAUUUUGUACAAACAAAGCUGCUGCUGCGGUGAUGCGAACCAAGGGGCUCGAAAGUCAUAAGAUGAGUUAUUGAACUGUUUAGGUGGUGUUAAUGAGGCGGAGAACAUGUGAAUAUGUUGCUGUUAAAACAAUGACAUUUGAAUACACGAGCAUUGCUAUUUUAGGGCGUCCGAAAAUAGAUGUCUACGCUUAAAUGUGGUUGAUGUAAACAAGUUUUGCGUCGCUGUUUUGAAAAUUGCUGAGCUAUAUUAUUAAGGUUAUGCAGCAUGUGCUUUUUGACGAAGGAAAGCAUCAGCUGAAAUACCACCCAACAGGUCACAGUAAUGCAAAUAGGAUUGUGUACUAUUGAAAACGAAGAAACAAAGCAAAGUGGAAUGUCAUUAAAUUGAGCUAUCGUUUUUAAAAUAAUAUAAAUAUUAUAUUUGAGUGAAACAAAACGAAUCAUUUAUACCAAUCCUGCUGGGUUGGAUUCUUCGUAUUACGGAGGGAAUGCUAAAACAACAGCAGCAGCAUGGAAGCAGUCACAUUCAGGAAAACACGCUCCAAUGCUCAACGCAUUCAGGAUGGCAUCGAUACAGAGAACUCCCAUCUGGACGAUCUAUACACCCGCUACCGGCAGCGGCUACGAAAGUCGUUAUUCAUUUCCGGCCUGGGAAUAUCGAUACUCUCCUGCCUGAUAUCAAUCAUCCUGCGCCAGUUGCAAAAAGAGAUUGUGGCCGACCUGACGAUGCUGACCGUCGCCUCGGUGCUGCUGUGUGUCAUUCUGGUGGCGCUGCACUUCCCGAUGGUGAUGAACUCCCCGCUGGCUGCCCUAUCGUUUGCCUUGAUGACCACCGGGACCAUCGGAGCUGUGGCCAUCGCCGUCGGAGCCCAGCUAGCACCGUUGCCGCUGUUUGCACUAAUUUUGGGCGUCCACACGAUGUUGCCCAUCUCCUGGCCCGUUUCCGUGGUGUUGGCAGUAAUACUGUGCCUCGUGCACAUCGGAUGUCGCCUUUGGUCCGGAGUGCAGGACCUGCCGGCCUACUUCUUUCCGCAACUGGUGGCGGAGAUGAUAUUCCUGGCGUCGGCGUCCGUCUCCGGCCUAUACUACCGCAUCAUGUCCGAUUCAGCCCACAUCGAUGCCGUCGACGGGACCCGCAUCGGAAUCGAGCAGAGGGUCCGGCUGGAAUGUGAACGAGAGCAACAGGAGCAGCUACUGCUCAGUGUGAUACCGGCCUACAUAGCAGCCGAGGUGAAACGCAGCAUAAUGUUGAAAAUGGCCGACGCCUGCCAGACAGCCGGUGGUCAAAGUCAAACCAGAUUCCACGAAAUGCACGUCCAGCGGCAUAACAAUGUGUCCAUUCUGUAUGCGGACAUUGUGAACUUCACGCCGCUCUCGGAACAGUUGACGGCAUCCGAUUUGGUGAAGACACUCAACGAGCUGUUUGGACGGUUUGAUCAAAUCGCUCAAGAGAAUCAGUGUUUGCGGAUAAAAAUUCUAGGCGACUGCUACUACUGUGUAUCCGGCCUGCCGGUCUCCAGACCUCAGCACGCAGCCAACUGUGUCAACAUGGGGCUGCAGAUGAUUGAGGCGAUACGAUUCGUCCGGGAGGCGACGGGAUUCAACGUGGACAUGCGAAUAGGAAUCCACACCGGCAAUGUCCUGUGCGGUGUGCUCGGAUUGCGAAAAUGGCAGUUCGACGUGUGGAGUGACGACGUCACGCUGGCGAACCAUAUGGAGAGUGGAGGCGUUGCCGGGCGAGUCCACAUCACCAAAGCCACCCUGGACUAUCUGGGCGACCGGUUCGAGGUGGAACCGGGAGGAGGAGCCGGCCGGGAGUCGUACCUAGCGGAUCAUAAAAUCGAAACCUACCUUAUCGUGCCACCGAAGAAACCCUCUGCCAACGACCCACCGAAACGAUCACCUUCAUCAAACAUGCACACACCCUCGCCCACGGCUACAACCGCCACCAUACAGAUAACCGAACCGGAUCUGGUCGAUUCAACCUCGCUUGGCGAACCACCGAAGACACCCAAAACGCCACGGACUCCCAAAACACCGGAGGAUUUGCGCCGGUCACACACGUCCAUCGCAUCCAGCGUCAUUCCAGAGGAGCAGGAGCGACUACUUCCCCGGCAGUCUUCCGUUCCGUUGCCAGCGCCGCCGUCACCGUUGCCCCUCAUCAAGCAAACCAGCAUCACCAUCACCACCACCACAAUCAACGAGGAAAUGACUGAAAACGGCGACGACGGCGACCAGGACCACUGUAAAAAGUCCUGCCUCACGUUGCCGGUCGAGCCCAUUACCACCAAUGGACACCUACCGGAGCGUGUCGGGAGCCGGAAGCUCUCCGUGCAAGGUUUGAUGGCGUUUGCUGAACGGCGGAAAUCGUCCAGUUCUAUUUUCGGCGACAUGCGGAAAAUGUCGAUUAACAAUAUCGACAGCCUACGGUCGCCGAUGGUGGCCACCCCGGGCCCACUGAUGCGCAACCGACCGUCGUCCAAAAUGACAAAGUACGUUGAAUGCUGGGGUGCGGACAAACCGUUCGCCAACAUUACGGACUCCAAGAUGGCGAAAAACAUCGGCCUGGCGAGCAUUGCCAUGAUUGAGUCUAAUUUGCUGCCGGUGGAUGGUCAUUGCGGCGAGUGCAAAUGCUGGGGCCCACCGAAGGAGCUACAACCGGUAACAAUGUGGUACCGGAACGAUUCCCGGGAAGCUAUGUAUCGCACGCAACCCGACAGCAGCUUCCGGUACGAUCUCAUCUGUACGUUUAUUUUGUUUUUAUCUAUCGGACUGAUACAAAUAGUAGUAUUUAAAAGCAAUGUAGUCGUGAUUGGCUCACUAAGUGCGACUACCGUAACGUUAGGUCUAUUUUUAUAUUUAAGUAAUCAUCAGAUGUCGGAUCUAUCAUCGACGGAUAGCAACGGUCCCGGUCAGGUGAUAGCAGCCAAUCGUUCUCUCCGGAUAGCAAUAUUUAUUAUUUCUACGGCUCUGAUAGCUGCAUGUGCCAUAUUUAGUGUGAUAAAUUUCGACGACCUAGUGAUAGCAAACGUUCUCCUGGUUAACAACGGCACCGAAACGGUCACGUACGAUGUGCAGUUCGCACCCCUGGCUCCGGUAUAUUUAUAUAUGUGUGCCAUCAGCCUGGCAGCCGUAUCGGCCUUCCUCAAGUCGGGUUUCAUCAUCAAACUGCUGCUGAUGUUGCUCUUCGUUGGUGUUCAGUGCUCGCUGCUUUGGCAGAGCUCACUCUUCGAAACCUACCAGAUACUCUACAAUUCAUGGCCUCUAGCAUUCCAGGGUGGCCUGUUUCUGCUGCUAAUUGCUUCCGUCCUACAUACUCUGGACCGCCAAGGCGAGUACGUCUCGCGGACUGAUUUCCUGUGGAAAGCCAAAUUAAAGGUCGAACAGGAGGAAGUGGAAACGAUGCGCGGAAUCAAUAAGAUUCUGCUGGAGAACAUCCUGCCGGCCCACGUAGCGCAGCACUUCCUGAAGAAGGAACGUGCCGUGCAGGAGUUGUACCACGAGAGCUACUCGUCGGUGGCGGUUAUGUUCGCCUCGAUACCCAACUACAAGGAAUUCUACGACGAAACCGACGUUAACAAACAGGGACUGGAAUGCUUGCGGUUGCUAAAUGAGAUUAUCUGCGACUUUGAUAAGCUGCUGCUCAAACCGAAGUUCAGCGGGAUCGAAAAGAUCAAAACCAUCGGCAGCACGUACAUGAUUGCGUCCGGGUUGCGGCCCGGCAAGGAGGAAGGUGCAACGAAAAAUAAUGAGUUGGACGAGAAACGAACCGAGGAGCACAACGUGGUGGUGCUGGUGGAGUUUGCCAUCGCCCUCAUGACGGCGCUGGAUCAAAUUAAUCGAGAAUCAUUCCAACGGUUUCGGCUACGAAUCGGUCUCAAUCACGGACCGGUGAUUGCGGGGGUAAUUGGCGCCCAGAAGCCACAGUACGACAUUUGGAGCAACACGGUGAACGUGGCCUCCCGGAUGGACUCCUGUGGCGUGAUGGGUCGGGUGCAGGUGAGUGAAAACACAGCCAAAGUUUUGAUGGCAGCCGGCUACUCCUGUGAGUGUCGUGGACCCAUUCCGGUAAAAGGUAAGGGCAUCCUCACGACAUACUUCGUGAAGACACCAUUCGACGAAAAGGUAUAAAGAGGAGGUCCAACCUCAGCGGGCCAGCACGUGAAAGAGCUGCAUCAUCAUCAUCACCGACCCGGAAGGGACAACGGAAAUAAUUACCAUCCACGUCAGACUGCUCCCAGUGUUUGUGGAAAGUUGUGCAAUAUCAGCCAGGCUGAAGACGAGCGAGUGAGAAAUCUAGUUUUAAUUACCCAAAACGGGGUUAAAGCGUUGUUGCGUUGUGUGUGAGUUAGACACAUAGCUAGUUAUGAGUGUUAAUGGGAUGUAAACAGUUGUAGGAACGAAAACAUACAUUUGGUGAGGUAUAAAAGUUUUCUUAACAGGAUGACCCAUCGCUGAUGUAACAACACCAAUUAGAAAGAUGUCAGAACCAAAAUACAUGUCAAAAAAGCACAAGAAUCUGAAAAGGGGUAAUGGUUACUGAAUGAUCACAAUCUAGAAAAGGGGAGAGACAGAAAGAACCCAAGCGAUAAUGAGAUUUUGAAAUAUUCGCAUUGUUAAAACCUAAAAGGUUAUUUAUUCUGUUUUAGAUGGUUCAAAACAGCAAUUACAUGGAUUUUUUUGUAUACACAUGUAUGUGAUCUCACAUUCUUAAAUAUUUUUUAUGAAAAUGAUUUGAUUAUUGAUAAAUGUAAUACAUGAUAAAACUAUUUUUAAACUAUUUAUAGUAGGAAGGAUGGGAAAUUCAAAUGUGGGCUUCUGUUACUGAAUGUUUGAUUUGGCAUAUUCUAAUUUUUUACUGCUCCUUAUAAACAUACACCGUUGAACUAAAAAAACAUGUUGAAAUUUACUUUUCAAAUAUUAGACGAACUCUUAUCAUCUGUCCGCAUUUCUAAUUCUGAUUGAUUUGCACUAAUUUUGGUAUACUUUUUUACGAGAAAACUUUAAUAGAUCUACUCUUAGAGAUCAUGCACUUUCCUGCAUGCUGUUGUUGAACUACAGUUUCUGGAAUAUGAUACACUAUAAGAAAAUUAUUGCUAUGUUUCUUUAAAGACAAGUGGUGUAUCUUUGAAUACUUUCUAAACUACAGAUGAUGAGCUUGAAGCUUCAUUAUCUGUGUCGUCAUGUAAGAGCACUGGAUGAUAAUGAUGUCCUUUAAUGACAACAGAUAGACAUAUGCAUACAUGAUAUCAUAAUAAACCAAUCAAAACAGCUAUCGUCUACAUGAAAAAAACAUACUAAAUAUCUAGAGGCUGUCAGUAAUAGACGUAACAAAUAAGCUAACAUAAACAGAAUGAGUAUCACACGCGCAUACUGAUAGUGGGAUGAAAACUUAGGCCUAGCCCUCAUCAGUCAACCGGAAGUGAAAUCCAAUUUUGUACACCCACUUUACACACCCUCCGGCACAGGCAAAUACUUUAUUGCCACACCAUCAUUCAUUAUAAUUCACACCGCAUACAUUACCCCAGAACAAGCAUUUCAUAUAACGUAGAUAGAUUUCAGAGCGUGACGUAAUUCUCAGUAUAUAUGCCCCGCAGGUGAAAAUCAGCAACCUUCGAUGGUCAGAACAAAAAUGCACCAUACAAAUCCUUCAACCAAAGUAUGUCAAACCACAAGACAAAUCCAGUAAGAUAGGAAGUAGUAAAUCCAUACAAAGUCAGAGAUAGCUACAUUGAUUCGUAAGUGUUUUAUAACUAAAUAAGAAAUUUUCAAUUAGGUUGUCCAUUUUUUCGAUCAAAUUAUUGUCACCAAAUAACACGGCAUGUAAGAUGCUAGUGUAGGAAAAAAAUAAAAAUGUCAAUUGAAAUUCAAACGUGGAAAACAGAA